AUGAUCAUUGGGGGAGUAGAAAUACCCCGAGGUCCAAUGAUGAAGAAGACAAAGUUCUCAAUCACCCGAGAAAAGAGAACCAGGGACUGUGUACCAGAGGGAUUUGUCUUCAUUAGUGACGAAGACGUAGAGGGCAUCAUUCAACCCCACAAUGAUGCUUUGGUAAUUUCUGUCCUUAUAAAUAAAACUCAUGUGAAAUGUAUUUUGAUUGAUCCAGGUAGCUCGGCCAACAUUAUCCGAUGGAAGGUAGUGGAGCAGUUGGGACUGUUGGAUCAGAUUGUACCAAUAGCCCAUGUCCUAAACGGAUUUAAUAUGGCGUGCGAAACUACAAAAGGCGAGAUUACACUACCAGUGAACGCAGCCGGUAUAAUCCAGCACACAAAGUUCUAUGUCAUUGACGGAGAAAUGAGAUAUAAUGCUUUGCUUGGAAGACCGUGGUUGCACAUCAUGAGGGCGGUGCCUUCGACCUUGCACCAAAUGCUAAAAUUCCCAACCUUAGAAGGAGUAAAAAUCAUUCAUGGAGAGCAACCUGCGGCAAAUGGGAUGUUCGCGGUUGAAGAAGCUGUCCAAACACCGAAGAAAGCCAUGCACGAGGACACCGAGAAUGCGAAUGAAAUGGAAGACACCAAAUAG